GGUACGUCGCAUGGGCUUGAUUUACAGCCGGUAUUGUUUGUUGUAGCUAACGCUGGGGUGGUGGGCAUGGAAAACAAGAAAUUUAAAAUUAACCUGGACGAUUCUACAUUCAAUAGAGAAAGAAGUCCGGUCAGGUCUCUUUUUAAGCCCUCUUCCAAAAGAGGCAAUGAUGAGACAUCGACUACCCACAGUGCACCUCAAGCUGGAGGCCAGCCGUUAUCUUAUGCCGAAUUCGUUGUUCAGAGCAAAAACAGAGAUAAAGAGAAGUCUGGUCCUGAAUCAGAAACAGGAGAGGCCAUUCUUCAGGAUGUGCUUAAAGCUGCAGGACAGAGAUCUGGCAGUGCUCUUGAAUGUGGUUCAAUCACAAAACUUUCCACUGAUGCUGGGAAAGCUCAGACUAGCACAAAAGGGAGCAGGAGUCCAGUGCCAAAUGUAGCAGGAUCAGAGACCUCUCUACCUCCAGGUAGGCUGGAGGAUGAUCUGGCACCAGGGCAAAAAAUGAAGGAAGGUCAAAGCGGGGAGGAACGCACUGUUGUUACACCAGCAAUAGGGUCAGGAAACAGCAUUAUCGUCAGCCCAAGACAGAGAGGAAACCCUAUUUUAAAGUUUGUCAGAAGUGUGCCGUGGGAGUUUGGAGAAGUGGCGCCUGACUAUGUCUUGGGUCGAACGACGUGUGCGCUCUUUCUCAGUGUGCGCUACCAUACACUCAACCCAAACUACAUCCAUGAGCGACUGAAGCAGCUGGGCCAAGCGUUUACACUUCGAGUACUGCUCGUGCAAGUUGAUGUGAAAGAUCCUCAUCAUGCACUCAAGGAACUUGCUCGGAUCUGCAUCAUGGCUGACUGCACACUUAUCCUGGCUUGGAGCCCUGAGGAAGCUGGCCGUUACUUGGAGACGUAUAAAUCUUAUGAGAAAAAGCCUGCCGAUCUGCUGAAAGAGCAAGUAGAGAAAGAUUACCUGUCUAAGGUUACUGAUUGUCUGACCACUGUGAAGUCCAUCAAUAAAACCGAUGCUAUCACGCUGCUGUCCACAUUCUCUUCUUUAGGGGGCAUCAUUAAUGCAUCAAAGGAGGAGCUGGUGCUGUGCCCAGGACUCGGACCACAAAAGGCAAAAAGGCUGUAUGAUGUGCUUCACCAACCCUUUCUGAAGCCUAAGAAGAAACAAGGCGAGUGAGAUGCGGACUCCAGUCAGAAAAGAGUCAACCAUGCUUUCAACUGUGACUGCCUGAUGGAAGAGAAUGGAGGGAUAUGAGAGACCUACAGUGAGAUUUCAUAUCAGACCUUCUCUCAGAAUCUUAAAGACUUUAAGAAGAGUUUUGAGUGCUCUUAUGUAAUUAACGAUCUAUUUUUUUUUAUUUCAAAAGUUUCUUAAUUUUUAUAUAUAAUUAUGUGCAUUGUUACAAUAAAAAUAUAUAUUUUUAA